GGUCUACGCCCCUCCCCUCAGCUGGUCAUAAAGUUGACUUCAGCGUCCCUUCCUCAUGACAUAUUUAGCUGGUUGAGCAAGGCUUAUUAAACUAAUUUAAAGACUGGUCUGAAUAAUAUCAGACAAUGUUUCAUAGUCGUUACAGACAUCCUGGAUACGUUUUACCAGCGUUACAUCAUUAGAAGAGAGAGACGGAGCUACACCACCACCAGCGUCAAUGGAAAUCUCUGCACAAGACCAGCAAGUUCCACCUUCCUCUCCCGUGACCACGCCUGCUCCUGAUGAUGUAUUGACAGAUGAACCUCAGACCAGAGCAGACCUCUUACAAUAUUACUGUCACCUGACCCUGGACCCCAACACGUUGUACAGAGAGAUGGUUCUGUCUGAGGGGGACAGAAAGGCGGUGCUCACAGAUUUGGUCCAGGAGUAUCCUGAACACCCGGACAGAUUCUCUCACCUCUAUCAGGUGCUUUGUAGGGAGGGUCUGUCUGGACGGUGUUACUGGGAGGUGGAGUUUCAGGGGUCUGUUGAAAUAGCAGUGGCCUACAGAGACCUAGGCAGAUCGGACUAUUAUUCAGAAUGUGCAUUUGGCUGCAACGACAAAUCCUGGAGUUUAGACAUAAACGGGAAUGAUAAAUGUUUCAGACACAAUGAUGAGGAGAAAGCAGUGCCAGAGCCUCAGUCCUCCAGAGUUGGCGUGUUCCUCGAUCACAAGGCUGGGAAUCUGACCUUCUAUUGUGUCUGUGAGUCAACGCUGCAGCUGCUGCACAGAGAAGAAACCACGUUCACAAAGCCGCUCUACCCCGGACUGUGGCUCAUAGACACCGCCCAGCUGUGUGAUCGGGAGUAGAAGUACAACCGGAAAGGGUCUCGUGGUGGACUGAGGAGGGACAUUGUGCCUUCGUGUUUGAAAAAGUGCUCUCUUGUAUGCUGGAUGAUAACGUGUCCUCUACGGUGGCCCAGUGUAGAAUAAAUUGUAUUAAAUUGGACCAAAGUGUCAGAGGCCUACACCCCCUAAAAUGUCUCUCAAAGAGACUCGUACCAACUGAAAGAGUAUUAAAUGCAUUAUCCAGUGUUCUUAUCCGGGUAUGUUUACAGGAAUACACACAUCACUUGGAUAUAUGAAAAACACUCUUUGGCAAAUUCCACCUCCAGAACCAAAAAGAUUGAUGUACAUAGCACCUUAUUUGUUUUUUUAGCCACAACUGAGUGAGAACAUGUGGGACCAUGUUCAGUUUUUCCAAUAUCUUUUUUGAUAUAAUAAAAAAAAAACAUGGACAUAUAAAUGGUACACACACAACAAUUACAAAUCAUUUGUAUGGAGUUUAUUACAACAUAAUUCGAUUCAGAUUUCCUGUAAAAGUAUCUGAAGAAAUACAUCCCUUCAUUUGUAUUUUUGGCACUUAUUUUCAAAGUAGCAGAGUGGUGAAUUAACAGACAUUGUUUUUGAAUGAGACAAUGGCACUAAGUGUUAAAUGUCUUGGAACAAUAAACUAAAAACUCCCUGCAAGUACA